AUGCGUUCUCAAAAGAAGCUAAAUCCCCUGGCGGCCUGGAUUUUGUUGUUCGAAUCUGGAUGGAAGAGCUUUGAGCUACGGUUUAAAAAUAUCUUAAAAAAUCUCGCAUACCACCAGGACCUAGUGGACAAGGAAGCGACCGCUUUUAACCUUGUCGAAGCUACGUCUUAUCGAAGGAAAGUCGAAGAGGAGAUUGCAAAGGCUGAACAGGAGCGGGAGAGUUCUCACUUACAGGCCGUUCUUGCUUGGCUUUGUGUGGAGGACAUCCUGCAGGAGAACAAUUUGUGGCGGCUAGGCGAGAAACGCCUUGAUGGCACUUGUGACUGGAUCUUCAACAUUCCCCAAUACCAAGCUUGGCUCAAAAACGUGGAUAGGAGUCCACUACUGUGGCUCACUGGUAGCCGCGGUUCAGGGAAAAGCGUUUUCUGCGCUCAUAUUACUCAGAAAGUUCAAAAAAUCGAGCAGAGGGCAACUUUGUUCUAUUACUGUCUCCAUAAGGGGGACAUAUCGGACAAACCCAGCAUCUUCCUGCAAACGCUGGUUAUGCAAAUUACGAGAAUCUACCCCGAAUUCGCCGCACUCAUCUGGGAUACCUACGUUCAGAAUGCCCAACUUGCUUCCAACGACAAUCUGCAAAAGCUGCUUCCAGAUUUGAUUUCUGGAGCUCCACAGGUCCGAAUCAUUCUUGACGGCAUUGACGAAUACGACGUCAAGGACUGUAAACUGAUCCUUGACAUGCUGUUCAAACUUCAGAAGAAAUCCCCUGUCGCCAUACUCAUUUCAAGGCGAGACGAAGGGUUGAUCUCAGCCAAAAUGCGUAAAAAGCCCAGAAUCUUACUCAAUGUCAAACAGCACACUGUGCAAAAGGGUAUGAGUAUUUUUGUAGCAAGCAGACUCGAUCAGGCCAUCGAGGAUUACGACUUGAACUUGUCAGACGAAAUGAAGGCGGCAGGUCGAGAUGAAUUGUUGCAAAAAUCCGGAGGUCGUUGA